AUGCAGGAGACUGGUGGGGACGUAGGCGCAGGCAGCCUGGCGGGUGGCGCCAAAAGCCAGGGCCGGCGGGGGGUCGGGGGUGGCCGGGGCGGCCCCGGCAGCGCGGGUGCUGCUUCCGCUGCAGACCACGGAGCUCCGGGUGUCGCGCCGGCCCAGCACUCUUCCCAAAGGCCGGGAAGCCGACCAUGCGUAUUCACCCUAAGCGUGCCUUUCCCGUCCGCCUUGGAGGCAGAGAUUGCCCGUGGGUCCCUGGCCCCAGAUACCGAACCUCACCGUGGGGCGGUUGGGAAGGAGCUCACAGUGAGCGGCAAUGUCCUGGCGGUCUGCUGGAGAGCUGAAGAUUGCCGCCUCCUUCGAAUCUCCAUUGUCAACUUUCUGGACCAGCUUUCUCUGGUGAUGCGAACCAUGCAGCGCUUUGGGCCCCCUGUUGCCCGCUAAGCCAGGGCUGGGGAAAGGGGGGUCUGAUCUGGUGGCCCUUCCUAGACAGUGCAUCCUUCCUAGGGCAGUGAUUCCUGCACUAGUUGCCUAUUAUGGGGGCCUCAUCUUUUGGCUAUAAUGGCCCUUGUGUGCUCAAGGUCCACUUGCAUUGUUUGGUACUUAAAUGUUUCUUAACUACUGAAAAUAUAAUUGACCUAUGAUGAGUUUAUUUUC